AUGCGUGCCGAUCUGUGCUCCCAUGCCGAGGGCACACUGAUUCCCGAGCUACAGCACCAGGGUCUCCGCAUCCCUCUGCAGCCCUUUCCAAUUAUUGACGAUAACGGUUAUAUGUGCGUUGACCCACCGGUGGACAUUCGGAGGGAGUUGCUCGACCAUAAGGAGAAGUUCGCAGUGAUGGAGCAUGACAUACAAGUUUUUAUGGCCAAAAUCGAGUAUCUCGCCAUCCGCAAAGGUGUGACGUCAGACGAGCUGGACGCGGGAGCGCUCCAACACUUGGGUGCCGUGGGCGACACGUCGGGGGCGAUGGCGACGCCACGAAAGAACGCCAAAACCGAGUACACGGCAGAUCAGGGCGGCCAGCUGGACAUCGCACAGACACCUCAAACGCGUACAAUCGCGUCGGUGGCUGCUAUCUCACCAUGCCCUGCACCGCGCACACCUGCCCAGAGAGAUGGCCUGCUCCCUGCCAUGAACACGACACCUGCUCUGGUUAGUCAACAAGAGCGUGGCCAUCUUGCACUGGCGCUGCGCAGCCGCGAUAAGACUCCCGUGCAGGCAGCUCCAGGUAACUCUGGAAGGGCUGCAAGUAGUGGUCGUACAGGUGUAAUGUGGAACGCUGCGAAGCAGAGGUGCAAGGGCCGAGUGUCAAGAGCCAUCAAUGAUGUGGAGGAGGUGGAGGCGGCCACGCAGGCCACAGAGGACCAGCCCAUGGCUGAAGAACCUGAGGACCCACCGGAGGACUAUACAGAUGACGAGGCGUCUGUGGACGAUGACGAAGUAUAUGAACCAGGGAAUGAUGACAUGGAGGAGGAGGAUGAUUGGGAGGAGGUCAACCAUGACGACAAAGCUGCAUAA